UGGUUCUGGUCAGCCUAUUAAGUGCAUUUCUUCCAAGUGUUUAUAGUGAUGGUGCAACAAAUGGGUACUUCAGUUUUCGAGAUACUUCUGUAUUAGUUAUUGAGCCAUCAACAGUAACUCUCAACAUUCAAAGAAGAGCAGGAAAGACAGGAACAGUCCUUGUUGUUUGUGAGCUUUCAGAUGCAAAUGCAGAUUUUGUUGGCUGGAGUGACAAUGUGAGGUUUAGUCAAGAUGAAGUGAUCAAGCCAUGUAAAUUUACUGUURAGGAAGACUCUAUUCCUGAGGGAAAUGAGACAUUUGUCGUACAGCUCAAAAUUUUAAAUGGUGGUGGUGUUGUARAAGAGCCACAAACUGCUAACAUCGCAAUCCUUGCAAAUGAUAAGGCUUAUGGUGUCAUUGGAUUCUCACAGACAGCAGAAAAUGAACAGGUCUACAAAAUACGAUUAACAUCUGUAUACGGAGGAGCAGAAAUCAACACCAGCUAUUCUGACCUUCAAAUCAUUAUCCCGGCAAAUGAUGCAAGAGUGAGAUUUCCAGUCACAUCAAUAACAGUACCAGAAAAUGUCAGUAUUGUUGACCUGGAGGUCUAUAGAGGACUUGAAGAAGAUGGCGUGACUAAAAUCGGGAAUGUCCAGGAAGCAGCGACCAUCAACUGGUAUGUUGUACCUGGAAAUACCAAACCGGGACAAGACUUUGAAAACAAAAACCAUUCAGUUUUCUUUGGUCCUGAUGAGACAAAGAAAACUAUUCAAAUCAAGCUCAUCAAUGACAAUGUUCCCGAGCUUGCGGAGAAUUUUUCAGUUCACCUUGAGACAUCUGUACACAAUGUUUACAUCAGUCAAGAUGGCGUUGCUAUGGUAACUAUUUUGCCAAACGACGACCAACAUGGCGUGUUUUCUUUUGGAACAUUUCCAAAAGUUUUGGACGAAGAUGGCGAGAAUAGUGGAGACUUCUUUGUCAACAGGAGUGCGGGAACCUUUGGAAGUGUGUCCUUGUCCUGGAAAAUUACUGGUGGUUCAGGUGAUUHGUCUUCCGUGUUUGAAAAAACGUCAGGAAUUCUUGUUUUCGCCGAAGGAGAGUCUUCAAAACCCAUCUUAGUUGUUGUACGCAAAGACUCGACUCCUGAAGAAGCUGUAAAAUAUUUUCUUGAACUCUCUAAUACAACGGGUGGAGGUCGCCUUGACAACACACAAGAAGCACGCAGAGCUGUGUUCUUUGUGUCUGACAGCGAUUCAGUUUAUGGUGUCGUCGA